CGGCGCCGGCGGCGGAGGUGUCUCGGUGACCGCGCGGACCCGUCCGGCCUGCCGUGGGUCAGACGCUGUGCUCGGGGCCGGCGGCUCCGAUGAACCUGGAGCCCCGCCGGCUGCUGCGCUCUGGCUGCUGCGCCGGCGAGCCCAGCUGCUGGGCUGACCUGGCCAUGACCUCCGCCGACCGCGUGCCGCUCGUGGUCGGCUCCAGCGACUCGGGAGACGAGACCAGCGAGAGGGGCCGACGGCGGCGUCAGCGGCGGCUGCGGCGCCGCCGGCAGCGGCCGGCCGGCGCGGCGCCCUACAGCCUCUCGCCGUCGGGCGCGACGUCCUCCGACCAGCCGCCCACCUCUCUGGUGCAGAUCCAGGUGCGCCGGUGCUCGCGGGUGGGCCGGCCGUCGCUGGCCGCCUCGGAGGGCGCCCGCAGCACGCCCGACCUGCACGUGGACCUGUCGGACGGCGGCGGAUCGCCCACCCGCGGCUGGACCUCGCCUGGAGGUCACCUGAGGGCGGGCACUCCGCCCGAGAGGGGCAACCGCCGCCUGGAGGGGCCGCACCACUCCCGGUCACAGUCGUGCCGCGCGCCGCGCAAAGCAGAUUACCUGACGAUCCCCGACCACCUGGGCCGGUGUCGAAGUCAGAGCUCGCUCCGAGACGCCGCCGAGACGGGCGACACGGAGUACUACCGGCUGCGCCACUUCUCCGUCACCGGGAAGGGGGUCGUCAACUGCGGCGACCAGCUGCGCAGCAGACGAUCGCGCAGCAAUGUCAGCGUCGCCUCCGACUGCUCCGAGUAUAGCGGCAGCUCGCGCGGACCUCCGUCGAUGCCCUGCAGCGCCGGCACCUCCAUGGCCAGCUCAGCCAACUCGAGCUGCCUCAACCUCAGCCGGCCGCGGCCCUACGUCGGCCUGAUGCUGGGCGCCUCCGGCGUCGGAAAGACAUCGCUCAUACACCAGUUUAUGACGUCCGACUACAUGAACGCCUACGACGCAUCACUAGACGAGGAGUACGGGGAGAAGUCGGUGUCGGUACUGCUCGACGGCGAGGAGUCGGAGCUCGUCUUCAUCGACAUGCCCGACGGCGAAAUGACGCUCGAGGACAGUAUCGAGGCGCACAACCCGGACGCGUUCGUCGUGGUCUACAGCGUUACGGACGCCAACAGCGUGCAAUACGCCGACCACAUUCUGCAGUCGCUGUGGAAGAUGUCCGCGGUGGCCAGCAAGGCAGUGAUCCUGGUGGGCAGCAAAUCGGACCUGGUGCGCAGCAGGACCAUCACCGCCGACGCCGGCCGCAAGCUGGCCAACACGUACGACUGCAAGUUCAUCGAGGUAUCGGGGGGUCUGGACCACCGGGUGGACGAGCUGCUGGUCGGUGUGCUGUCCCAGAUCCGUCUGAAGCGCGACUGCCGCCUCAGCCGGUCGCGCUCUCUGGGCAGGCGCAGCUACCGGCUGAAGCGCGGCACGCGCAACACGUCCAGCGUCAAGGGACUGCUGAACGUGGUGUGUGGCACCACCGAGCAGCGCUCCAAGUCGUGCGAGAACCUGCAGACCCUCUGAGGCCGCCGUCCGCCCGGGGAGCGGGUCCGGGGGCAGGCGGGCAGUGCGCGGCCGGUCAGGCUGCCGCGCCGGGCGGAGCUGUGAGACCGCUGGUGGGGGUCACUUUGGAGGUUUUGUGGGCUGUUGCUUUUGAAGGAGUUGGAGAUAUGGGGCGACAUUGAAGUUCUGCUGGCCGCGGCUGCAGUUGUGCCGAUCAUUUUCUCUCAGAGUGUCACACAGGGCUGGGAGACGGAGUGUAUUCUCUGACCUAGCACUUCUCUAUGAUAUCACCGAAAGCUUUGCGAAGGCAGUUGAUGGAGAAAUAGCCAGAUGAGCUGCUUGCAGCCGCAGGAUCACCAAGUAGUAGACUGGUGUGUAUCGAUAUACCGGCUGAACCGAACUGUUCAGCGAAACACAACACGUAUUGGGAGAUGAGUAUGGCUCUUUUAACGCGUUUCCUGUGGAUUGUAGAAAUAAGCUUAUUUAUCUUUUGCGCGCUUUCAUUUACAUUCAUGGCCCUGGAGCCAUAAGCAUAAGCUCAAACAUUAUACAGUAGAAUCCGCUUAAUAAAUCCUAGGAUAAUAAAUCCAGCCGCUUAUUGUGGCCACUUGUGCUGUUCACAGAUUUGUCCAUAGAAGCAUAACUGACUCCGAUUAAUAAAGCCACCGUUUUAAUACAUCCAAAACGCCGUGUCACAAAGGUGGAUUUACUAAGCGGACGCUACUGUAUCAAAGCAUAACAAACUGACUUCUAAGUCGUACGUACUUCACAGGUUUUGGAACAGUUGCAUAAGCAUUACCGAAUGUCCCUUCCAAUGUGUAAUUAUGACUGGGAAAACUGUUCAAUGGAAUUGGCAAAUACGAACGAAUCAUUUAUCAUAGUUGGAGUUGUCGGUAUGUAACGUAAUCUGAUAAUACCGCCCAACCAAACUCAAGUCCGCUGAAGCCAUCUGACGUAUGUUGGUAUGUCUCAGCUUCCAAAAGACGCAAUCUUUGCUGCUAAAGGCAAUAGGACGUCUUUUUGCCAGAAGCAAUUCAGUCAGGACAAUUUCUCUGAGGUCCCACAUCAAAGUAAAAAGCUCUGGCUGGUGGUAAUUUCCUCCGCCGUCCCGCCUGGCUGGUGGGUGGUGUGUGCGCUCACCGGCGGCAGGGCCGGCGGGCGGCCCUUUGAGGCGGUGACCCGGGGCCCUGCAGCCGGUGACCGAAUCCGCCCCACCUCCCUACAUCACUGCUGACACCACCGACCCCCCGGGGGUGGUCUGUCACGGUAUUUACCGGGGACAUCGGUGUCUGAACUACCCCCGGUAUCGGCUGUGCUGCCCGCUCAGCACAUGGUGCCAUUGCGGUGACCGGGAAUGCCCGUCUAUACAGCUAUAGGGCAGCAUUCAAUGGGGCACUCACUGCGCCAUUACGGCUUUUGAACAGGCUCCGUGGUCGCGUCUUAGAUAGGUAUAUACUUUUCUGGCCGCCUGAUCGAUCAGUACUUGCCAGGGAUCAAUGAAAUCAGCUCUGAACACGAAAUGCACACGUGAUAUUUAAACGUGUAUUUUGUGACUAAGGAUAACAAGUGAUAGUCUUUAUCUGAGCCUCGGGAUUAUUGAAUCUUUACGUAUGAUAUACGUUAUCGGGAUAUAUCGGGAUUAUAUAUUUCGUUUAGUUUUGACAGCUUGCGUGAACAUUUGCAUUCCAAUCUAACGCUGGCUUUCUCAAUAUCAGUCCGUCUUUAUUUGACUUUGUGAGAAGAAUGCAUUCUGAUCAAGAUUAUGGGCAACAAUAUUGCUACACAACACCGAAACUUAUUAUUGUACCUGUCGAGUGGGUAUCUCUCAUACUCGUACUUACGUAGGUAAACCAAGAUUAGCAACUGUACUUGGUGGUUAUCACAGUCUGACUUAUUGGCGGGUUUCAGGUUCGUCUUGCUUAUACGUUGGUCGCCAGGCCUUCCCGAAUAACAGCAGUUGUCAGCGUUUAGUGCUUUCGCCUUGCGAAAGCAGCGGGUUCGGCGUAGCUGUUUAUAAGCGCUGAGCUUGAAAGAGAAAUUUUGGAACUGAAUAAACAAAAGGAAAAUGGCACACAAGUGGUGGACCAAAUCACCUAAUUACCAUUGGAAAUGAAGGUCAGGGAAACUCGCAAAUCGGUCUAAAUUAUUCAUGAAACUGAAAGAGGUACAAAUCGGCAUAGAUAACAAAUGUUUAUUGGAAGUUUUGGCGAAACCCAUUCUCCUUUCGAGUGGCAACGCCGCAUAGCUAGAAUUACACGAGACGCUACAAGAUAUUUCAUAUAUCUACCUAAUUUUUGGGUUUUCGGGACCAGCAGAUCCUGAAAGAAUUGGUUAGGCAAAAGGGUGACCUCGAUAUUCAUUUAUAGGCGCUGGGUCCGACCAGCGACCGCGAACAUAUCUUGAUAUCGGCUUUGCUCCAGCAUUAUACGAGUAUAUACGUGUUUACAAACAGAGACGGAACAGUUAAUUGGUCUUUGUCGGUGUAAAUGUAUGAUAUCCACCCAGCGCUUCAGUUCACAAGUCAUUUAUGACAGGAAAAUUAGUUGCAACAUUCACGGGCUUUGGAUCUUAUGCAUGCAAUGCGUGAAUAAAGAGGAUUGCUUAUUUUUUAUUCACUUACUUAAAUGUGCACGUUUGUUUUGUAUGUAGUGGUUGAUCUAGAGAAAGUUGUCAAUUCUACAUUGAAAGAAAGCCAUCUCAUGUGAAGACAUCUAAAAAACCUGCACAGAGCCAGUGGCAUUCGAUGAGUGGCAUUCGUGUCAUGAGGGUUGGCCAAAAACCGAUCAAGGAUGUUGGAAUUUAAGUAUUUAUUGGGAGGAUGACGGGACGGCAGCUGGCACUGUCGAGUAUUCAGGGAGACGCAGCCAAAUGCCGUCAGAAAACAUCCAAAUAAUGUAUACUUUAGAUACAUUUCAUGUAGGCAUUAGUUGACUGGUCGAUUUGAAUGGCUUCGAUCUCAGCCAAGGAGAGUAUGAAGGACUUGAUAGUGGACAUUGGGAAUGGUGUCGGUGUGGCGAAGUGUGUGUUUGUGCUCUGUCCGACUCGCUCACCAGCACCGCCUGCAGGGGCGUUACCCCGUGGUGGACGUUACCGGGGGCGUUACCCUGAGGGUGUUACCCAGGUUCAGCUAACCGAGGGCGUUACCCGAGAGCGUUGCCCGUGUUUCCGAGUGUAGUGUUGCACUUUGUCGGGCAGCCGCGCCGCCUACUUACACGAAAUGUCUAUCAAAACUUGGAAUGGCGUGUAUCGUUCGGACGCUCCAACCCUGUAUUGUAUGUAACUUCUACGAAAUGAUGUCUUUCAUGUAGUCUCUUUCGCUAUUAGAAUGUGAUCUAGAAUCAUCAAGCACAAUUUAGCGAACGCUUGUAUGAUAUUAGAUUCAUAUCUGCCAUCGAGUGAAAUAGAAAUCAAUAGUAUCAUGUACAUUUUUGAGGUGAUGAUAUCUUGGAUUUGACAAAACCUGUUACACUCAGUGAACAUUUAUAUUGGCGGAUAACGAAUGAAAAGAAUCAUAUCAUGCUCGGACCUAGGUGCUUGGAAGCAUGAAUGCAAUUAAAGUUUUGCUGACUCAAGGAUUAUCAUCGAUAUUCAACGAACCAGCGAACAGACAGGAAAGCAUUUAUGUAAAAAAAAAAAACUCAAGCGCUUGCUCGUUGCAGCAUGGGGAGACUGUUUGUACACAAUUUCUUCAUUUGAGCAUGGCCCAUUUUGAUUGGCUCUGACAUUAUGUGACAAACGUCCGUGUGUUCGUGUGACAUUCAGCUUUGAUCCGUAUAGCUAUAUGUGUAUGUAAUGUGUAAUUUGUCCAUAUAAGUUUAUGGUGUAAUUCGUAUAUCAGCUCCUCAGUCACUCUAAUUAAGUCACUCUAAUCACUAAUCACUCUAAUCACUCUAAUCACUCUAAUCUAAUCAGUCACUCUAUUUUGAAUAUCAUUUCGCAACAUAAGACAGUUACCAUUGCCAAAAAUGGAAUUGAGUUAGAUUAAGAUUAUUCAAACGUAAUAACACCUUAAAAUGAAAUACAAUACACCAGAAGAAAAGAUAAGUGAUUGUUUUAACAAAGGCAACAAAAUAACCUAUUUGUGCUACAAAGGUAGCUUUUUACCUACCCAGCAAUGACGACAGCAGGAGUCAUACAUUCAAUCCAUGGAACAGUUAUUUGAUAUAACCUACCGCUUUCGUUGCCAAUAACAAGUUAUUCACUAUUUGGCCUUUAAUCUUCAUUAAAAGAAGCUUGAAACAAAAAUGAAAACACAUUGGCCAAACCAUUUUCGUAGAACUUGUGUGUUACGCUUGAGCGUGCCACUUGUGUCACAUAUAGACCGUUUGAAAACAGUGGACUUUUGUUAAUUGACUGGUUACUAGCACUUAACGCAUAUAUGUUUUUUCAUUUUGUUAGAGAUGCUGCUAGAUGCUUUUAUACCUAAAGACGCCCUCCCCGGCGCUGUGUGUCUGUGUGUCGCGGGCCCGGGGUGUUGCCGGACGGCCCUGUUCACCCGCUGUGUGACUGCGUGUGUCACCCGUUUGUAGCGUGCUGGCCCCGGCCGCAGCACGGCGGAUCUCAUAUCACGGGCGGAUAUCACCUCACUCACGAGCGCUUCAUACGGCGUCCCCCGGCGGGUCAGCGGGCGCCACCACUCACCACCGUCCAUCCAUAUCCCCGGCGCCUCGGCCGCUUCUCGUGUGGGGGCGGGGCGGGGCGGCGGGGCGGGGCGGGCACAUCACUGACCCCGCGUGACGUCAUGGUGACCUGACCGGGGCACACGCCACACUGCGGUGCAGCCGACCACUACCCGGCGGGCUGGCGAUAGGCGUUAUGUCACGUGGUCUGUCUCGGUAACACGUGAUCAGCGCCGAUCACUUUUCCCUGCCAAUGGCGGUGCGGUAACUUGGUUCCCUUUCAGUGUAACUCGCUCCAUGUCAAUGCGAUCAAUAACAGGAUAUCAAUAGCCCCUGUAGUAUAUCGCUCACACGUGUGCCGUUUUGGCCGAAUCAAAUAACAGCCCAUCGCCAGCCCGGGCCCGCCGCCCCUCCCCCUCCCACAUCUGCCGCAGCCCCGCCCCCCGCGGCACCCCAUGGCGCACGAGCGUUAUCAAAGCGUGAGACUUGUUCCUGUUUGAGGAGCCACUUUGUCGCGAUCUUCGGUACCAGCUUUAAGGCAUGCCCUGCGCACCGGGGUCGGAUGCUCUGCUGACGAUUUGUAUACCAUGUGGGACGAGUGUUCGCUGUCCUGUGCUUACUGUUAGACAAUAAACUUCUACAACAAA